CGGGUCGGAAGCGGAGGGAUGCGCCCUGCCUCCAGCGGGUGGCGCUCGAGUCCGACUGAACGACGGCGGCGAGUGGCGGGCACGCGCCUGGGGCGCGCGCGCCACUCCUCUCGCCUCCACCCAACUCCCCCAUUAGUGCCCGAGUUUACCUCUAGAGGUCAUCAGGCAGGAUUUACGACUGGACAACAAAAGCACGUGAUUCGAAGUCGUACCCCAUAUUUGGGUGCCUACGUAGGAGGGAACCAAGUACAUGUCCCAGUCAUUUCCAUAAUUCAUCAUAAAUUGUGCAAGGGUGCUAUAGACGCACAAACGACCGCGAGCCACAAAUCAAGCACACAUAUCAAAAAACAAAUGAGCUCUUAUUUUGUAAACUCAUUUUGCGGUCGCUAUCCAAAUGGCCCGGACUACCAGUUGCAUAAUUAUGGAGAUCAUAGUUCCGUGAGCGAGCAAUUCAGGGACUCGGCGAGCAUGCACUCCGGCAGGUACGGCUACGGCUACAAUGGCAUGGAUCUCAGCGUCGGCCGCUCGGGCUCCGGCCACUUUGGCUCCGGGGAGCGCGCCCGCAGCUACGCGGCCAGCGCCAGCGCGGCGCCCGCCGAGCCCAGGUACAGCCAGCCUGCCACGUCCACGCACUCGCCUCCGCCCGACCCGCUGCCCUGCUCCGCCGUGGCCCCUUCGCCCAGCAGCGACAGCCACCACGGCGGGAAAAACUCCCUGGGCAACUCCAGCGGCGCCUCGGCCAACGCCGGCAGCACCCACAUCAGCAGCAGAGAGGGGGUUGGCACGGCGUCCGGAGCCGAGGAGGACGCCCCCGCCAGCAGCGAGCAGGCGAGCGCUCAGAGCGAGCCGAGCCCGGCGCCGCCCGCCCAACCCCAGAUCUACCCCUGGAUGCGCAAGCUGCACAUAAGUCAUGACAACAUAGGCGGCCCGGAAGGCAAAAGGGCCCGAACGGCCUACACGCGCUACCAGACCCUGGAGCUGGAGAAGGAGUUCCACUUCAACCGCUACCUGACCCGCCGAAGAAGGAUUGAAAUAGCACAUGCUCUUUGCCUCUCCGAGAGACAAAUUAAAAUCUGGUUCCAAAACCGGAGAAUGAAGUGGAAAAAAGAUAAUAAGCUGAAAAGCAUGAGCAUGGCGGCGGCGGGAGGGGCCUUCCGCCCCUGAGUAUUUGAGCGUUUAAAGUACUGAGCAGUAUUAGCCGGGUCCCGCGUAGUGUCAGUCCUAAGGUGACUUUCUGAAACUCCCUUGUGUUCCUUCUGUGAAGAAGCCCUGUUCUCGUUGCCCUAAUUCAUCUUUUAAUCAUGAGCCUGUUUAUUGCCACUAUAGCGCCUGUAUAAGUAGAUCUGCUUUCUCUUCAUUUCUUUGUCCUGAAUGGCUUUGUCUUGAAAAAAAAUAGAUGUUUUAACUUAUUUAUAUGAAGCAAGCUGUGUUACUUGAAGUAACUAUGACAAAAAAAGAAAAGAGAAAAAAACCACAAAAAAGUCCCCCUUCGACCUCGUUUAGUGCCAAUGUUGUGUGUUGCACUCCAGUUGUUUAAUUGUGCAUGUGAGUGGAAGUGUUCCUGUCUCAAUAGCUCCAAGCUGUUAAAGAUAUUUUUAUUCAAACUACCUAUAUUCCUUGUGUAAUUAAUGCUGUUGUAGAGGUGACUUGAUGAGACACAACUUAACUUGUUCGACGUGUAGUGACUAGUGACUCUGUGAUGAAAACUGUGACUCUGAGCGGUGUGUCCCUGCGUGCCUUUGUAGGACCCUUUGCACGAACUCUGGAAGUGGCUCUUAUAAGCGCAGCUUCAGUGAUGUAUGUUUUUGUGAACAAAGUUACAAAUAUUGUCCAAGUCUGGCUGUUUAAGCAAACUGUGAUCAGCUUUUUUUUUUUUUUUGUAUUUGUUUUUAAGGAAAAAAUACUGACUGGAAACAAAAAAUAAACUUUCUAUUGUAAGUU